UCCAUGGCUUUCUUGUCAAUCGUGUGAUUGUGGCUUUAUAAUACUAGUUUAACUAUGCCUUACCCCCUUUCCCACGUUGCAUUAAUCGUAAUCAUUGUAGUGACUUUAGGAAUAGCGGUAGAUGGAGAUCGAAGCAUAUCAGAGAGCGGAGUUGCUGAUCCAGACACCGUUCCCAAACAUGGCCGAUGUGAACCGAUCACGAUACCACUCUGUGAUAACUUACCCUACAACGAAACGAUCAUGCCGAAUCUACUCAAUCACCAGAAGCAGGAAGAAGCUGGUCUGGAGGUGCACCAGUUCUUUCCUCUCGUCGAAGUCAAGUGCUCUCCGGAUCUGAAAUUCUUCCUGUGUGCGAUGUAUGCACCCGUCUGCACUGUCAUCCCGGAAGCUCUACCUCCAUGCAGGGGUCUCUGCGUGUCGGCGCGUCGCGGCUGCGAGGGCCUCAUGAACAAGUUCGGCUUCCAGUGGCCGCAGACACUCGACUGCCUCAAAUUCCCCGAGUCGGGGUUGUGCGUCGGCCCCAACUCCACCGCCGAGGGGGCGCCACCGCCCGCCGCGCGUCCGCCCGCGCUCGACCCCGGCUUCCCCUCGGGGGCGCCACCUCCCUUCCGCUGCCCGCGCAACCUCAGCGUUCACAACCUCGACUACCGGCUCGCCGUCGGCGGCGGCGCGGCGACGCCCGACUGCGGCGCCCCCUGCGACGACCUGUUCUGGAGCGCGGCGCAGCGACGGUUCGCGCGCGUCUGGGUCGGGGCGUGGAGCGUCGCGUGCUUCGCGCUGACCGUGUUCGCGGUCGCGACCUUUGCGCUCGACCCCGCGCGAUUCCGCUACCCCGAGCGGCCGAUCGUGUUCCUCUCGGCGUGCUACCUGUUCGUCGCGCUGGCCUACCUCGCCGGCUACGUGCUCAGGGACUCCAUCGCUUGCUCGGGGCCGUUCCGCGACACCGGGAGGGUGACGGUGGCGGCUCACGAUCUGUACGGGUACGGAGCACGCGCCGAGGCGGAGGCCGUGGUGGAGUCCCUACCAGUUGUCACGCAGGGGACAAAGAAGGAGGGCUGCACCAUACUGUUCAUGCUCCUGUAUUUCUUCACAAUGGCCAGCGCACUAUGGUGGGUGGUGCUGACCGUUUCCUGGUUCCUCGCCGCUGGACUAAAAUGGAGCAGCGAAGCGAUCGAACAACGUGCCCACCUCUUCCACCUCGUCGCCUGGGCAACGCCCGCCGCCCUCACCAUCCUCGUCCUCGCUCUCGGCAAGGUCGACGGCGACGUUCUCUCGGGAGUCUGCUACGUCGGCGUCGCCGACGCAGCCGCCGCGCGCGUUUUCGUCGUCGCUCCGCUCGCCGCCUCGCUCCUCACCGGCGCCCUCUUUCUCGCGGCGGGCCUCGCGAGCCUGUACCGGAUCCGCGGGGUCGUGCGCGGCGGCGGCGGCGGCGGGGAGGCGGCGGCGAAGCUGGAGCGGCUGAUGGCGCGGAUCGGCGCGUUCGCGGCGAUGUACGCGGCGCCCUCUGCCGCCGUCGUCGCCUGCGUCUUCUACGAGCAGCUCCACCUGGAGGCGUGGAUGGCGUCGUGGUGGGCGCGCGUCGCGUCGUGUUCGCCGCACGCCUCCCCGCACUACUCCGACAUCACCUGCCCCGCCGCCGGAGGAGGAGGUGGAGAGAGGGAGGCGCCGAUAUUCGCGGUGUUCCUCGUGAAGUACGCGAUGUCGCUGUCCGUCGGCAUCGCCUCGGGAAUAUGGAUCUGGUCGCCGAAGACGCUCGCCGCCUGGUGGCGCUGCUUCUACCGUGGCGCCAUCUGCUGCCGCGGCGGCGGGGGCGGCGGCGGCGGAGGGAGAGAGGCGGAGCUGAAGCAGAGGAGGGCUUGUCGCUACGAGGGCGCUCGGUCGCCGUCGGCUGCUGCCGUGUGA